AUGAAGUGCAAUGUUGAUGCGGGUUUUAAUACUAGUAGGGGCACUACGAAUAGAGGAUGGUGUAUUCGAAAUCACUUUGGUAACUUUGUGUGUGGGGGAGCAGCAUGGGAUUUUGGAUCUUUUCCUAUUAUUGAGGCGGAAGCAUUGGCUAUUAAAGAGGCUAUCCUUAGUGUUAUCGACCUUCAUAUGGAAAAGGUUACCUUCGAGAGUGAUUCGCAAAGUACUAUCCAAGAUAUUCAUUCGGGCAUCUCUGGUUUGUCCGAAUUUAGUUUUAUUAUUUCUUCAAUUCGUAGUUUGUUGCUUAAUUUUCCUAACUUUGAGGUUAAGUUUGUAAAACGCCAAGCGAACUCGGUUGCCCAUUCCUUAGCUAAGGCGGCCGAUUCUUGGACUAGGCGUAGUUGGUUUAAUGUGAUUCCUCCUUGUAUUGCUACUUUGUUGUUUAAUGAUAUGAGUUGA